CCGGGUUUCUGCAGUCUGGUCCAGAUCCACUUCUUCGCUCCGCUCAAGACGCGCGCAUCGUGCACACACGGGCAGGCAGCUCGCGGCAUCGAUCGUGGCUCCUUUAAGAAAAACUAAGCCAGAAAUAUCACUCCACCUCCUCUUGAUCUCAUUUAGAGGCUAUUGCAUACAAAAAAUCAGCUCAGGAGGCUGAGAGUGAUCAAAGAAAGGAGAGAGAACUUGAUUUUUUGUGACCAGUCGAGUAUUAACAUUUAAGGUGUCCCAACCAGUGGAAGCGCACGACGGAUCAUCAUUCAUUCAGCACUUUGACAACCUCGCGUUUGAUUGACAGCUGGAGUGGCAAAAAGCCAUGAGUCACUAGUUUUGUUUGAGGGGUAUUUUCAUACUUGUUUGGUGAAGAAGAUUUGUUCUUUCCCUGCCGUUGUCCUGUGAAAAACGAAGGAACUAAUUGCAUCGCUUUUAGGCGAACCCGAGCUGAAGCUCCAGUCUCAUCGCCUACAUAAAGGAAAAAUAAGGAUUUUCUUUUCCUGCUUUUGGAAUUUGCGUGCUUAUUCCUCUCCACCCUGGCCUCAUAGGGGAUAUAUCUGAAGUUCGAGGAAGAAGAGGGCGCGAGACAGGCCGAUGGCGCAAAGGUACGAAGAUCUGCCCCAUUACGGCAUGGAAGGCGUAGGAAUCCCGACCACGAUGUACGCGGAUCCCCACGCCGCCAGAUCCAUGCAUCUGAAUCACGGUCCCCAGCUGCACUCGCACCAGUACCCGCACGCGGCCCACACCAACGCCAUGCCCCCCAAUAUGGGUUCCUCCGUCAACGACGCGCUAAAAAGAGAUAAAGAUGCCAUUUACGGGCACCCCCUCUUUCCUCUCCUAGCACUGAUUUUUGAGAAAUGUGAAUUAGCGACUUGCACACCGAGAGAACCCGGCGUUGCUGGAGGCGACGUUUGCUCCUCCGAAUCCUUCAAUGAAGAUAUAGCCGUGUUUGCAAAACAGGUUCGGGCAGAAAAGCCUUUAUUUUCAUCGAACCCUGAACUGGAUAAUCUGAUGAUACAAGCAAUUCAAGUAUUACGAUUUCAUCUCCUGGAGCUAGAGAAGGUACACGAGCUUUGCGACAAUUUCUGCCAUCGCUAUAUCAGCUGCUUGAAGGGGAAGAUGCCCAUCGAUUUGGUUAUAGACGACAGAGAAGGUGGAUCAAAAUCGGACAGUGAAGAAAUCACAAGAUCAUCCGGAACCCUAGAUCAGACCACAUGGAACAGAGACCAUGAUGACACGGCAUCCACGCGUUCCGAUGGCACGCCGGGGCCCUCUAGCGGGGGACACACGUCACACAGCGGGGACAACAGCAGCGAGCAAGGCGAUGGACUGGACAACGUGGCGUCGCCGAGCACGGGGGACGACGACGACCCCGACAAGGAGAAGAAGCGCAACAAAAAGCGGGGCAUCUUCCCCAAAGUGGCGACAAACAUCAUGAGGGCUUGGCUCUUCCAGCACCUGACGGUAAAUCUUCCACGGAGCCGUUUUCGAGACCCCUGCACCUGUGCUGACCUUCCUGCUUCCACAUUCCCACCCAGUGUCACUUGUAUGGCUUUUCGACCUCAUUCCUAUGCUGACGCGCAUAGACAGCAAAACCAAAGCACACUAUUUGGCAGGUUGAGUGGUCACAGUGGAAACCCUCCCUCUAGCACUUACAUGCCAGUCAUCCACGGCAAAAAGGGCAUUCCGUAUGGCUGGGGUCCUGGUACUGGGGCCAACCCGAAGGCCCCCUGCUCAUAUUCCCAGCUGGGCUUUGCCCCAGCCUCGCUGAGACAGAGAGCUCCUGACCAGAGACCCGUGACACCCCCCCUCCCCCCACCCCUGAGAAAACGUGCACUGUCCCUGUCCCUGUCCCUGUCCCUGUCCAUGUCCCUGUCCCUGUCCAUGUCCCUGUCCAUGUCCAUGUCCCUGUCCCUGUCCAUGUCCCUGUCCAUGUCCCUGUCCCUGUCCCUGUCCCUGUCCAUGUCCCUGUUCCUGUCCCUGUCCAUGUCCCUGUCCCUGUCCAUGUCCCUGUCCAUGUCCCUGUUCCUGUUCCUGUCCCUGUCCAUGUCCCUGUCCCUGUCCCGCGGUCAUACCCCGACCCGCGACCACGUGUUCCGUGGCCUCCACAGCACCCCCUUUUGGCUGCUGAUGGGACUGUGUAAGAUGGGCACUUUGGUGCGGACCACCCACCCCAUCUCUUCCAGGUUCAUUAAUGCACGACGGAGAAUAGUACAGCCUAUGAUCGACCAGUCCAACCGAGCAGUCAGUCAGGGCGCGCCCUACAAUCCCGACGGGCAGCCAAUGGGAGGCUUCGUCAUGGAUGGCCAGCAACACAUGGGCAUCAGACCACCUGGGCCCAUGAGCGGAAUGGGUAUGAACAUGGGAAUGGAGGGGCAGUGGCACUACAUGUAACCGUCAUGCUAAGCACCCGCAAAGCCAGGGGGAUGACAGCAGGGCAUGCCAGGGGACGGUUUUCUGACGGGCAUCUGCACGGGCCAGCUGAACUACACCCCCUCUCUGAGAUGCCCCCCCUUCCCCCACGCUCUGCCCUUCUGUGACACACGCCGUCCUGGGACAUGCCCGCCACCACCAUCUCACCCCCCGACGUCGAUGUAUGAAGGACUGACCCACUCUGCCAUGCCCACCGCUGCACCCCCCCCCCCCCCCCCCCCAAACCCAACCGACGCUCAACAUGGAACACUCUGCCAUGGGGGUGGCACACCAUGGACCUAACGGCCUGAGGAUUGUUUCCUUAUUUCAGCGAUUUAAGUGAAUUUUAAACAAAAAAGUCUAUUUUUUUUCCUUCUUUGGGCGACGGUGGUCAUCUUCAAACUGAAAAACUGACACCUCAGAAGAGGAGGUUAUCUUCUCCACAAAAGUGAGAACCAGCUGAGGACACUUUGGACACGAAGUGCUCAGUAAAAGAAAAGCUAAACAGAGACACAAUGCGAUUAAAUCUAUAUCAGCUCUGAGGCGAGGGGCGGGGCGAGCGCGGGGAUAUAGUAUAUACUGUUGUAAAAUUACCUUGGACUCUCAGGAGAACUGAGAAAUAAUUAUUGUAAAUGCUAUCGUAUUGUUCUGCAUAUUAUGUUGUUUCUAAUAGAUUUUUUAAAGGAUGUGAAGUUUUUUCUUUCCACACUGUGUGUGUGUGCCGCCUCCAUAGACGCUGACCUCCUCCCCGAUUCACUUGAUGUUUAAAAACGGAAGAGAAUUAAAAAGAAACGAUUCGAUCAGAUCAAUGACAUCGACAAGCCUUACUCCCUUACAUCGCGCCCCCCGCCCCCCGUGACAAAAACAAAGGGCUUUAUUUGCGAAGUUGCUGGGCAUUAAAACAGCUCUGUCCUGCGAGGGAGCCUCUCUUCACCUCUGCCGUCGUUUGUCCACCUUUCAUCAGCAAACAGAUGCACAGCGGAAAGGCAAACGGGACGCUGCGGACACACGCAUCGGCUGAUCAGCUGCUGCGGAGGCGUGAGGCCGUUUGGAAACCAAAAUGUGUGUGUGUGUGUGUGUGUGUGUGCGCGCGCGCGCAAACGAUCGUGUGUGUCUGGGCGCCCAAGUGUCACGCCUGUCUCAAUUCUCGCGUCUCAACCAUGCCUCAUCACGGGAGGGGGGAGAGAAGUUGCCCUAAGACAAAAGUAAAUUAAGUCUCUUACUUUCUGUCAAAGGAAAAAAUAUUACUAAUUCAUGCGAUACUUUUCCACGGUUCAUCGGAGACUUUAUGUAUACGUUGUAAAUAAAUAAAUUUUUGUGGAAAAAAAGA